UUCCACGUCAAUCUUACCAACCUUUUUUUGUCUUUUUCCCUCGUAGAUAAUUAGCUUGGAAUCUGGGUUUAUCUAUAUAUAUAGAUAUAGUGUGAGAGAAGGGUUGUGGGUAUCAUCAAUUUCACAGAUGGCGAUGCAAAGGAAACUACUGAGCAAAGCUAAGACUCAUUUUUCUGGUAUCGCCUUGCGGGGUUUCUCUUCUUCUUCUUCUUCUCCGCCGGAGCUGCCUCCUUUUCACUAUGACCCAAAGCCGUAUACAGGUCCCUUGGCAGAUGAAGUACUUUCGAAGCGCAAGAAAUUUCUCGGCCCUUCUCUUUUCCAUUAUUAUCAGAAACCCCUCAACAUUGUUGAGGGGAAGAUGCAAUAUUUGUUUGAUGAAAGUGGAAAGCGUUAUCUUGAUGCAUUUGCUGGAAUAGUGACGGUUUCAUGUGGACAUUGUCAUCCCGAUAUUUUAGAAGCUAUUAUUGAGCAAAACAAGCUUCUUCAACAUGCUACAACCAUAUACCUUCACCAUGCCAUAGCUGAUUUUGCAGAGGCAUUAGCAUCUAAGAUGCCUGGAAACCUCAAGGUAGUUUACUUUGUAAAUUCUGGAACGGAGGCAAAUGAGCUAGCAAUGCUGAUGGCUCGCCUAUAUAGUGGCAAUCUUGGUAUGAUUGCCUUGAGAAACGCAUAUCAUGGUGGAAGUGCUGGGACGAUUGGACUAAAUGCUCUCAACACAUGGAAGUAUCCAAUACCACAGGGUGAAAUUCAUCAUGUUAUGAAUCCAGAUCCAUAUCGUGGAGCUUUUCAGUCUGAUUCCAGUCUUUAUGCAAAAGAGGUUCAAGAUCACAUCAGUUAUGGUACUUGUGGACGAGUUGCUGGUUUUAUAGCUGAAACCAUUCAGGGUGUUGGAGGAGCAGUUGAAUUGGCCCCGGGUUAUUUAAAACAAGUCUAUGAAAUGGUUCGCCAGGCUGGCGGUGUAUGCAUUGCUGAUGAAGUACAGACUGGAUUUGGUCGUACAGGAAGCCAUUACUGGGGUUUCCAGACACAGGAUGUUCUUCCUGAUAUUGUUACAAUGGCAAAGGGCAUUGGUAAUGGAUUGCCUUUGGGAGCGGUUGUGACAACGCCAGAAAUAGCACAAGUAAUGGCCCAGAAGAUACAAUUUAACACUUUUGGUGGGAACCCAGUUUGCUCUGCUGGAGGACUUGCAGUGCUAAAAGUUCUCGAUAAGGAGAAACGCCAAACCCAUUGUGCUGAUAUUGGUUCCCACUUGAUCGGACGGUUGACAGAUCUUCAAAAGAAGCAUGAAAUCAUUGGGAAUGUGAGAGGAAGGGGAUUGAUGGUUGGAAUAGAGCUCGUUACCGACAGGAAAGAAAAGACACCAGCAAAGGCUGAAACAGCUGUGCUAUUUGAGAAGCUUAGAGAACUAGGUAUUCUAGUUGGAAAAGGAGGACUGCAUGGAAAUGUCUUUAGAGUAAAACCUCCCAUGUGUUUUACCAAAGAUGAUGCUGAUUUCCUGGUGGAUGCUUUGGAUUAUUCGAUUUCAAAGUUAUGAGGAAGGAAGUUAUUGGGUUCACAAUUCUGAAACAUUCUUUGCCAAAAAGAAGAAGAAACUCAAAAGGAUGGUAAAGACUGGCCUAACUAAAUGCUCUUGGUACAACAACUAAUGUUGGAGAAGAGAAGGUGAUGUUCUGAAUAAUAUUUGUUUUGUUUGUUUGAUUGAACUAUCUUUUAUCAAUCUCAUUUGUGAUGUGAAGAAAUUCACAAAUGAAGACAUCUUUCUUAGGAAAUUUGGAAUGACAAGGUAUUUGAAUUAAAUCGUCAAAGCUUUUUCCUAGUGUUUGGUUUGAUUGAA